UUUCUCCGCCGCCUCGGUACUGCAACACCCAGCAUAGAAUUCGUCUGCCAGCCACGGCCGUAUACAUGACAGUGGCUGAGAUGGAAUCUCCUUGCUGAGUAUGAGCAUUCUCUCUCGGCGUAUCGAUCAGUCUCCUCUCGCCUUCCGCUUCUCAUCAUACGCUCCUAGUUCGUCAGUGCGAAGAUGAGAAGACAAUGCAUAUACAACCUCCUACUUUUGCUGCCAUCAGCGCUAUGCCACAUGGAAAUGAGCUGGCCAUACCCGUUCCGCAGCAAAUAUGAUCCUGCAAACAAUUACGAGAACAUAGACUACAGCAUGACUUCGCCGCUGGAUGCGGACGGAUCGGAUUUUCCUUGCAAAGGCUAUCAAAAUGAUGAAUCCACAAGGUCGCCGAUCGCAUACAUUGCAGGCUCAACGUACAACGUGACUCUGGCAGGAUCGGCGGCGCACGGCGGCGGGUCAUGUCAGCUGUCCCUAUCGUAUGACAACGGGGCUACCUUCCGAGUGGUCAAAAGCAUGAUUGGGGGCUGUCCGCUCACAUCGACGUACGAUCUCACCAUUCCAGCAUAUGCUCCAGCCGGAGCCGCACUUCUGGCAUGGACAUGGCAGAACUACGAAGGCAAUCGCGAGUUCUACAUGAACUGCGCCGCAAUACGCAUCACAAGACAGAUUCCAAGCCUUAGAAGGCGAAAAGCGUUCAGGAGCUUCGAGAGCCUGCCAUACAUCUGGCGGACUAACCUUGCAGGCCUCAACAACUGUACCACGGCGGCCGAGCAGCCACCGAGCGAUACAGUGGUGUAUCCGAAUCCCGGACCUGACGUACAGUACGGCGGAGGCAUCAACAGCUCGAGUCCAGCAACGCAAGGUGACUGUGACUUACCGAUGCCUUACGGGCAGACAUACCAUCACGACAGCAACAGUGCCUCCGAGCCUGUCGCGGAGGCUAGUGACCCUGCAGAGCAUACCGCUGCGAGUAGUCAAACUUCCUCAUUAAACCCAUCCCAAGCGGAGGCUCCGGCCGCACAGUCACGAAGCGCAGGUACGGCGUCUACCACGGGUUUCAUGCUUCGUCAACGGCCGGUAUUGACGUACGAUUACUCUCCUCCAACGACCAUCACAGUAAUCGUGGAGUGCCCAUCGGUGAUCACCAUCACCACAACAGUCACUCCUGGCACCUCGACAGUGACACAGACGGCUGUGCCUGAUCACACCACAACAAUCGGAGUCGUAAUUACUGCUAGUGAAAGCCCCGUUGCUGAGCCUUCGUCGGCACCCACAUCUGACAACAACAGCUCCUCCAACAACAACCGACCCGUUAACCAGCCUCCCUACGCCACUGGAGAUCUAAGUGCUUAUCUCCCUUGCGUUCCCGGCACGUUCAUAUGUAGCAACAGCACAACCUUCUAUACCUGCGACUACAACGACGGCUCCGAUCCAUCAAGGCCCUCCAACGCAUACAUCUACGACUACCCGCGUACUGUUGCUGCCGGGAUGGAAUGUCUUCCCUACUACUCGCCUUAUGCUAGCGAUACCACGCAGUAUGCGCAGCAACCUACUUGUCCGCAAGGCUAUUGUAGGGAUGACAGGUAUGUCCGGUAUCGACCGGACGGUGACUGCAGCGAGAACGGGAGCAUUAUGUGUACGGAUGGGGGGCAAAUGUUCGAUAUGUGUGAUCAAGGCGGGUGGGUACAGAUGGGCUCGGUUGCGGCAGGCACGACGUGUGAGAACGGAGAGAUGGUCGCCAGCAGCUAAUGAUGACAGAGCAUGAGUUCGUCUACAGUUCACGCAUUGCUAACUCUUUCCUGGUAUCGUUCGUGGAGAACAUAUUUGAGUCGA